CUUCGUUCCCAGACACCCGUAUAGUUGUGUGUGACUAGUUGUAGAGAGUCGAUACUUUAUGAUGUUGGUCAUCGUUAUCCUUGUUUUCUGUUUACAAUCUGUGAAUGGUCAAGAUGCCUGUUCAACAGGAUUGUGUCAGUGUACGAGGCUUACAGCACGUUGUUAUAAUAAAAAUCUUACCUACAUUCCAAAGUUUCCUAGGAAUAUCACAACAAUCAACUUGACGAAUAAUUCUUUUCGUGAUAUCGGACCAACUACAUUUUUAAAUAUCAGCAACACAAGCAUAGUAAAUAUUAUAUUAAGCCAUAACGAGAUUCACACUAUUCGCGAAAAUGUGUUACAAAAUCUAUCUCAUGUUCAUUCAUUGGACUUAUCUGAUAAUCUACUGACUUCAGAUUCCUUACGGAACCUAUUCUCUAGUGUCCAGAAUGAUAGCCAACUCUCAAAAAUAUCAUUGAAGAAGAAUCGUUUACAAGCUAUUCCAUCUGACGUUUUUGAUAACUUUAAAUCCCAGGAUACAAUAUUAAUGGACUUAUCUAACAACAAAAUCGAAGAGUUUAAUAUUUCAACUUUUCGAUCAAUUAAAAAUUUAGGAGAAUUAAAUCUAGGGUAUAACAAUAUAUCGAAAAUGGUAACAGCUGUUAUUACACAGUUAGAAUACAUCUCUAUUAAUAAUAACAAUUUUGAUAGCUUAUCAGACUUUUGUGUUCCCCAAACCUCCUUUCCAAAUUUACAGAAAAUACAAGUACAAGGCAACCGUAUUGGUAAUUUUAUUCCAGAACACUUAAACUGUAUCAAAAAUUUGGAAUACCUGGAUUUGAGUCAGAACGCCAUUGUCUCUCUAAAAACGGAUUCUUUUCAUUCUUUCAAGUCUCUAAUUUGGCUAUCUAUCGAAGCCCAAAGGAGUCCAGAUUCGCUUAUUAUACAAGAACGUGCAUUCAAUAACAGCAACAUUGUUACCCUGAUGUUGUCAAGGAACAGAUUAUCUAUUAAACACCUGGACGAACAUGCUUUCGAUGGAUGUGAUAAUAUAAGAAAAUUACACUUGUCUAAAAAUUAUUUCUUUACAAAUGAGGAAAAAUUAAAUGUUGCGCUUGCUCCUCUGAAAACUCUUAAAAAAUUAGAUCUAAAUGGAUGUGGAUUACGAAUUAUACCCAAUGUUGUAGCUAAGCAUUUUCAUGAUCUAAGGUAUUUGUAUAUUAGGUUGAAUAAAAUAAAGUCAUGGCCAGAUAAUUUCUUUAAAAAUAAUAUUGAUUUGCAAGAAUUAGAUGUCUCGGACAAUUUAAUCCAGACUAUUACAAAUAAAAUGUUGUCUAAAAUGUUACGAGAAAGACUGAAAUUCAUAUCAUUAGGUAACAACCCAUUCGUGUGUAAUUGUGAAUUAGUUUGGUUAAUUCAAUGGAUUCAUCGAGCACCAGACAAGUUUUUUAACUAUCCUCUAGGAUACAGAUGUCUCAACAUAACUGAAAAAAUAUGUCUGAACAAUACAGGAGUGUUUAUCUCUGUAACAACUGUUGCGUGCUUCUUUAUCUUUGUUAUUUUUAUCAUAUCUGUUAUCUUCAUAUAUAUCUGGGAUAUUAAAUAUCAUAUUUAUAUGUGGAGAUACAAACCCAGAGAGUUAUUGGAUAUUGCAGAGAAACAUUUUGUUUAUGAUGUGUUUGUUGCGUACUGUGUAGAAGAUAGCGACUGGGUUUUAGGUUGUCUUUUACCCGUCAUGGAAGAGGGUGAAAACAUUAAACUGUGUAUCCAUGAAAGAGAUUUUCAAGGUGGAGGACUGGAUAAUAUUGUACAGCAUAUGGAGAACAGUCGUAAAGUUCUUGUUGUUUUGUCCAAUGAUUUUGCUAGAAGUAAAUGGUGUCAGUUUGAAAUUAGUAUAGCCCAGAAACUAGUUAUAGAUAUGAGUAUAGAGUCAAUAGUAGUCGUUUUACUAGAAAAUAUAGCAACAGUUAAUAUGAGUAAAUCAUUAGAUGCCCUAUUAAAAACAAUUACUUAUAUAUCAUGGGAUGAUGAAGGCGAGGAAGAUGUAUUUUGGCAUAAAAUAAAAACAUCAGUAAAUCGCCCAUAUGAAUUAUGAUCAAACCAGAGUACACACAGAUUCUACUCGGUAAGACUUGCUGCAUAAAAGUAGGAAGGUAAACCUGAUUUCAUGUCUGCAGCUCGGAAAGGGGGGGGGGUCUGUGUUGUUUAUUUUGAUCCUGUACAUUAAGACUUUAAAGAAAAGUCUGAUGUAGGAAUUUAUUCAUUUCAUAUAGCGCGCUUGUUUCUUUGGGGUUUUUUUUAAUUUUAAAAGAAGAUAGAUUUAAUACAGGAAUUUAUUCAUUCUAUUGGUAUUUUUUUUUAAUCUACGAAAUAUUGUGAGCUUUGUAGAAGUAGCAUCGGUUGUUUUCGAACCGUCACAGAAAAAUGUUUUCUUAUACAUAGCUGUGUGUUUACUGUGUUGGUAUUUACUAGAAUAUGUAUCUUCUUCAGUGACGUUUAUAAAUUUAUACAUUUGGAUUCAUGCGUAUAACAAUAUAUUGUAUAAUCUUUAGAUCUAGUUUAAUUACCAAGUAUAUAUUGUUAAUGUUUUAUCCUUUUUUUUUCUUUUUUUUAUGUUAUUUAUAUAUUUUGACACCCGAGCAUUCCGCAGUCCCCUUAUGAAAUGCAGGGUUCAGACAUUGUACGCAGCCAUUUUGAAACUUUCCACAAUGCAAUGGCUGUUUUCCCAAACAUGUUUUUCAUGACUCAAGAGGUCUGUUACAUGUUGCACUGACAUGCACCCUUCACUUGUAUUUAUGGAGAACAGAAUAUGUCACAAUUUGCAAUGCACUUUUGCAUAUUUAUUUAUGUAAUAAACUUCUAUUGGGUGCAUAAACGAUCGGGUCUUGUGAUACCCUUUCUUCUGUGUAUAUUUAAUGAUUUGUUCUGUUAAGGCCCAAACAGUUUAUAUAUAAAGUUCAAGAUCGCACACAAUCUAAAGUAGGCCUACUUUUAUUGAAAAAUGGGGGUGGAUGGACGAAUGGUUAGCGUGCGCGCGCUGUAUCAUAAGGUCUGUCAUUAAGUCAACUGGCGUGGUUUCGAUUCCCCGGUUGUACGUGACAAGGAGUAGGAUCGCCUGUCCAAACUCGUAGGUUUUCUCAUGUCCUGCGGUUUCCUCCCACUGCUAAAGACCCCUACGCGCAAGCGAAUUAUUGAAAUAAAUUUGAACCAUACGUUAGUCCCGAAAUUACCUAGUUUGUGUCCAUUGGACUUUAAACCCUGUCUCUCUCCCUCUUUCUCUCUCUCUUGAAAAAAGUUGUGUCCAUAUAAACGGUUACAUUUGUUACCUCUGCUUAUGUGUUUAGCCAAAUAAAGUAAUAUUAAUUCUGUAA